CUUUGACGAUGGAGCUCGAUAUGUUGUGCGCUAGUUUGGAUCUAGUUUUUUUUGACCGAUUGGGGGUUGAAUCGACGGUGGAUAGGCUUCUCAUCCCGGCGGUGCGGCUAUGGCUUCUCAUCCCGGCGGUGCGGCUAUGGCUUCUCAUCCCGGCGGUGCGGCUAUGGCUUCUCAUCCCGGCGGUGCGGCUAUGGCUUCUCAUCCCGGCGGUGCGGCUAUGGCUUCUCAUCCCGGCGGUGCGGCUUUGGCUUCUCAUCCCGGCCGUGCGGCUAGGGAUUCUAUCGUUGCGGUGCAUUUAGGGGGUGGUCGGCGGCUAGUUUGUGAGACUGGGGAUGGCUGGUCGGAACUGGGGCCUGGAAGGUGCCGAAUUGGGUCUUGGCUACUCGGAUCUGGAGCUGCGGAGGGGGCUGGACAGGGGGUUGGAUUAUGGUGUGGCUGGGUCUAAGGAAGCAGGGGAGGGGCAGGGUGUUAGACAAAGGUGGGGCUGGGGGGUAAGGGUGGGUAGGACAGGGGGUUUGGUGGGUGCAAGGUGGGGUUGGGUUGGAGUCGGUCCGGGGAGGUUGUCCACCGGAGUGAGGGCGGCGACGGGUCACCCAUGUUGGUGGCCGGCUGGUGCUACCGGUGGUGUCUAUCGCCUUGAAUAAAUGUAAUUAGUAUCGAGCAACUGUAACUGAUCGGUUAAAUGUAAUUGGACAUGUAAUUGGUCGGAUCAAGUAAUUGUAACUGAUAAGGUGGGUAACUAUAAUUGUUCAGGUCAGGUAACAAUAACUGGUCGGUCGGAUAAUUGUAACUAGUGGUUUGAGUAAUUGUAAUUACUUAGGUCACGUAAUUAUAACUGGUCGGUUCAGGUAA